UGAAAUCCUUGAAGAAGCAAGUCAACCAUGCAGAGAAGCUAUUCCAGCACUAUGGAUCCUGAGAUACGCAUAGUUUUAGUUGGUAAAACAGGAGUCGGAAAGAGCGCUACAGGAAACACCAUUCUUGGCGAAAAAGCUUUCAAUUCAGAAGCAAGAGCGACGUCCAUCACUAAAGAAUGCUCACGUGAAUCACGGAUGAUGAACAGAAGGCAGGUUUCAAUUGUGGACACUCCUGGCCUGUAUGAUACUCACCUGUCCAAUGAACAAGUCAUAAACGAAGUUGUGAACUGCAUCAGACUCGCAGCUCCGGGUCCUCAUGUCUUUCUUCUCAUAAUUUCCAUUGGACGCUUCACUGAAGAGGAGAAGAACACAGUUGAACUGAUUCAGAGAGUCUUUGGGCAGCAAGUACACAGACACAUGAUGGUUUUAUUCACCAGAGCUGAUGAUCUUGAAGACAGGACACUGGAGGAUUUUAUUGAAGAAGCUCCAGAGCUUAGAAAAUUGAUAGAGGCAUGCUCAGGGAGAUUUCAUAUGAUGAAUAAUAAAGAAAAGAGAGACAGAGCGCAAGUCGAUGAACUUAUACGGAAGAUUGUGGUCAUGAUAAAACAGAAUCAAAACAGCUAUUAUAGCUACCACAUGUUUGAGAUGGCCAAUGAACUCACCAAUGUGAGGAAAACUGCCAGGGAAAAAGAUCAAAUCAUUGAAGACUUAAAGAAGGAGUUAAGAAAGAUUCAAAAAGACACUGAUAAGUCCUUUUGCUGCAUAUUGUAGGACUGUCAAAAUAUUCCAAUGGUGAACAGUGUUACAAUCAAGUUUUGUCCAAUCAUUUCUUUAUUUUACGAUUUCUUUUAAAUAUAUUUGUAUGUACUUUUUAUUUACCUGGUUGUAAAAGUAUAGAAAUUCAGUUUAAUUAUUUGCAUGUGGUGUGUUAUUGGCCUUGUUAUUGGUCCUUUUUUUUCUUUUUCUUUUUUGUAUAUAUUUUGUCUUUUUAAUUUAGAUUGGUAUUGUUGUUGUUAUUAUUAUUAUCAAUAAUAAUAAUAGGCGAUGCAGUGGCGCAGUAGGUAGUGCUGUCGCCUCACAGCAAGAAGGUCGCUGGUUCGCGCCUCGGCUGGGUCAGUUGGCGUUUCUGUGUGGAGUUUGCAUGUUCUCCCUGCGUUUGCGUAGGUUUCCUCCGGGUUCUCCGGUUUCCCCCACAGUCCAAAGACAUGCGGUACAGGUGAAUUGGGUUGGCUAAAUUGUCUGUAGUGUGUGUGGAUGUUUCCCAGAGAUGGAUUGCGGCUGGAAGGGCAUCCGCUGUGUAAAAACGUGCUGGAUAAGUUGGCGGUUCAUUCCGCUGUGGCGACCCCGGAUUAAUAAAGGGACUAAGCCGAAAAGAUAAUGAAUAAUAAUAAUAAUAAUAAUAAUAAUAAUAAUAAUAAUAAUAAUAAUAAUGUGUGGCUAAAAAUUAAAGCUCAACGCCAAAGUUUCACAUUUUGACUCCUUUGUGUGUUUAAUUUUUAUUAUAUUCUACUGGCAUAGUUUUUCCUGAAACUG